UGUUUUAAAAUAUGAAUCAAUUCUCUGGUAACCAAUGUUUGGAAAUAGUAUAAUCAAUUUCGGCCUAACUUCUAAGUGUAACAAACUAAGUGAUGAUUUAAGAUUUCAAAAACUUUUAGACGGGUCUUUCCUUCGACCUGAAGCUCCGCAUCAUCUCACAUGUAUUCUUUUUUUUUUUUGACAAAACACAUGUAUUCAUUUUAACUUCAUUCUAAUUAAUCAUUACGUAUUUGCUUUAUGAAUUAUAGACAUUACUGCUUUGUUUUAAUUUGUUGGUUUUGUUUGUAAGAGAAUUUUGAUAUUUAUACUCUCUCAAUGAUGAUUUUCUUUUCCUUUUGUGCUUGUCGACUUGCAUGUGAUAUAAUACGAAUCGAGAUACAAUGUUUUUUUUUUUUUGAAAAAGGGCUAUCGAGAUACAAUGUUCCAACAUUAUAUGUUGUUUUUCCUAAUAAUAAACACAUUGCGGUCGUCUAUUUCAAAAAAAUAAGAAAUUUUGAGAUCUUAUCACAAGUAUAAUUGAGCACAGAAUUUUUUAGUUACGUAAUUGAGUCAUAUUUUGACAUUAUACGAAUAUAUGAUCAAGUAAAACAAUGUAUUAAUAUGUUGCGACUUAUGUCAGCCUUUGUUUGCUAACGUUCAUUGUUGUAAGGUGCAAAUAUUUUAUUUCUCUCUUUUUUUUUUUGGUAAAAUGAUGUUUUCUUUUUCGUUUGUGCAACAGUUUGGAUAUGUAAAUAUAUAUCAUACGGUAAGAAAAUUGAUUAAAUCAACAAUAUAAACAAUGCAAAAGUUUUUUCAAACAGCCUAAAACUCUGGCUUUAAAAAAUUAACUCGCUGUAAAGUUGCUAUUAACGUAGGUGCAACUCUAAACUCGUAUAAUAAGCCACCAUAUCAAUAUCAUAUAUUAAUAUCCAUAUAUUUUGGUCAUUGUAAGACUCGAGAAUUUGUUGCGCUCCAUUGGAUCUUACGGUAACUUAUUCAGAAGAGCAUCUAUAAAAAUUCUAAAAAUUCCAUGAUCAAGAUUAAAAAUGAUAUAAUAUAUACGUGCCUAUAUAAUUUUAUAAAACUAUAUGUAUAAUUUUCCCUCGAUCUAUUUUUUCCUAAACAAGGCAAUACAUACAUUAUUAAUUAGUUUCUCUCUCUACCAUGCAAUAUUUAUAAAUGUAUAUGUAUUCUACCAUGCAUAAAUAGGACAAGCUCUUAACUAGUAAACAUCAAGAAAGAAGCAAGAAAAAUGCAAACACAACACUUCUGUUCAUCUCUCUUGUUCCUGUCUCUUCUCUGUCUGUCAUGGGCUUUGAUAAUCUCAUCGACGCAGCCUUCAUCACAGCCACCGUCACAGCCUCCAUCACAGCCACCAUCACAGUCUCCAGCGCAGUCUCCAUCACAACAAGCCAAAAUCGCUUGUAAAGCCACUCCAUACCCGAAACUCUGCCGCACAAUCCUCUCCGCCUUCAAAUCCUCACCGUCCGAUCCAUACCGUUACGGUAAGUUCACACUCAAGCAAUGCCUCAAACAAGCGCGUCGCCUUUCCAAAGUCAUCAACCGUUUCGCCCAGCGCGUACAGAAAGAUCCCGGAGCGUCCACGGCGGAAGAGGUCAGCGCGGUGGCUGACUGCGGCGACCUGGCGGAGCUUAGCGUUGAGUACCUUGAAACGGUUUCGGAUGAGCUGAAAGCAGCGGAGCUGAUGACGGAGGCGCUGGUUGAUCGUGUCUCGAGUCUUCUUGGCGGCGUCGUGACGAACCAGCAGACGUGCCUCGACGGUCUUGAGGACGCGAAGAGCGCGUUUGCGACGGUGAUUGGAUCGCCCUUGGGGAAUGUGACGCAGCUCUACAGUGUAUCACUGGGGCUUGUGAGUCACGCGCUUAGCCGUAACCUGAAGCGGUAUAAAGGAUCCAAGGGUAAAAUCUUCGGUGGUGGUAAAAAAGCUGUGCGUGAACCGCUCGAGACUUUGAUUAAGGUUUUACGCAAAACAUGCGACAAGAGCAAAGAUUGUAGGAAUGAUAGGAAAUUAGGUGAGCUAGGGGAAACGAGUGGUGGCUCGAUCCUCGUAAGAGAAGCAGUGAUCGUCGGUCCAUACGAAAACGAUAACUUCACCACCAUAACUGAGGCCGUCGCUGCCGCACCUAACCAAACAUUUCCCGAGGAUGGCUACUACGUCAUCUAUGCAAGAGAAGGUCUUUACGAAGAAUACAUUGUCAUUUCAAAUAAGAAAAGGAACAUAAUGCUUAUUGGAGAUGGAAUCAAUAAAACCAUCAUUUCUGGAAACCACAGUUUUAUCGAUGGCUGGACUACUUAUAAUUCUUCAACCUUUGCGGUGGUUGGAGACCGAUUUGUUGCAGUUGAUGUGACAUUCAGAAACACAGCUGGACCGGAGAAGCACCAGGCCGUGGCCGUGAGAAAUAAUGCGGAUGGAUCGACAUUUUAUCGGUGUAGUUUCGAAGGCUAUCAAGAUACUCUCUACGUGCAUUCUUUAAGACAGUUUUACCGUGAAUGCGAUAUAUACGGUACCAUAGAUUUUAUUUUCGGAAAUGCAGCUGCAGUAUUUCAAAACUGCAAUAUAUAUGCUCGCAAACCAAUGGAACACCAGAAAAAUGCAGUGACAGCCCAUGGAAGAACCGACCCAAACCAAAAAACCGGAAUAUCCAUAAUCAAUUGUACAAUUGGAGCUGCCCCGGACCUAGCGGCGGACCCCAACCCGGCCAUGACAUUUCUUGGGCGGCCAUGGAAGCCUUACUCGAGAACGGUAUACAUCCAAUCCUACAUUAGUGAUGCUAUCCAACCAGACGGAUGGCUAGAAUGGAAUGGUACAACCGGGCUAGAUACGAUCUCAUAUGGUGAAUAUGACAACUUUGGACCGGGGGCUAACACAAGCAAGAGGGUCCAGUGGUCAGGUUAUAGCCUAUUGAACUUGGCACAAGCCAUGAACUUCACCGUCUACAAUUUCACUUUGGGAGACACUUGGUUGCCUCAGACUGACAUUCCCUUCUACGGUGGGUUGCUUCGCACAGAAUGAAAAUGUCCUACUAUGUUAUAUUCAUAAUUGAUCCUGCGCCAAAAAUAAAUGCAAUAAAAAUUACUAUUCAUUUUUGCUGUUAGAAAUUUUGUAUUUGGUGUUAGUUACUUUCUACGAUGAACGUUUCAUGUAUUAGGGGGUUUAUGCCUAUGUCAAAACUUAAAAAUAUCUACUUAGUAUUAAUGAACAAAAAAUAUAUCUUAUAAAACUCUUCAAUUUAAAAAAUAUAUAGUUCUUCUUACUU